AAAAUUUUAUUCACAGUAUAGACGGGAUAAGAUUGACUUAUUUUUCAGUAACGCCCCAGGCGAGGCAACUUUGCAGGAACUUGGUAAGUGAAUUUCAAAUUUUUCAAUAAGUAUAUAGAAAACAAACAUUCACAACGUGUAUAGCAACUUAUAAAAUAAUGAGGACUCAAUAUACAAACAAAUUAAAGCGACAAUUCGAUUUAUUUCGUCUUCAUUGACAUAAUACAAUUCUUGUUUUACUUUUAUCAGGAUUUCGACAUGCAUGAUAAGAGAAGGAACCUUGGGAUCUUUUUGGAUUUAUUCACCGCAUAGACAGGAUAAGGUUGACUGAUUUUUCACCAAGGCCCCAGGCGAAGCAACUUUGGUAAAUGAAUUUCAAAUUUUUCAAUAAAAAAAAUCACAAUGUGUAGCAACUUGUAAAAUAUCUGACAACUCAGCAUACAAAUUGCCGAUAAUUAAAUUUAUUUAGUCAUCUAAAGAAAGUAAUUUGGAAAUGUUUGUAUGUCUCAUAAAUAUUGCUUAUGAAAUCUUCGAUCCCAGAUUCUGAUAUUGUUUAUUGGACUUGCGUAUUAACGAUAGUUUAUAUUCUAUGCCUCUUUCUCUUUAUCAGGAUUUCAUAUGAUAAUAUUCCCCAGACGGGACAGAACUUUGGAAUUUAUUUCAUCAACGUGUUCAAGGCCUCUGGCGAUGCUUCUUUAUUUCGAAUUAUGGAAUGUGUAGAUGACUAUUACAACCCUGGACCCAUUACCAAAGACAUAUUAGUAAGGUCAUUCUUUUCGGUUGAGUACCAGGAGACAGAAGAACAUACGUCACAAUGUCGUGUUCGUUAUCUCGUUCCCUUCAAUGCGACCGUGUAUCAAGGGAUGAGAGCUUCUCACCAGCAACAUGGAGACAACUUCACAUAUGAAUAUGACACUUAUAGAAAUUUGGGGCAUCACGUGACAACAAUCAAUGGGGUGAAAGGUCAUGACACAACUCACUGGGCCUUGCAUCAUGGAGAGACAUUAGAGUCUGCAGAGUAUGGUGUAGACCACUUACACAUUGAAGAUGAAGACAUAUAUCUUUGGCGCUAUACAGACUAUGAUGAUGGAGAAUUUGAUCCGUUUAAUUCAACUGAGUGUCACACGGUAGUUGAUGACAUUAUUCCAGCUCUACCCUUCACCGAUGUGGCUGUCUAUUUAUCUGUUUCAACACAAAACACUGCUUCAUUCACUAAUGGUUCAUUUGUAUCAGCGAUGUGCAAGCGACUUAUAUUAACAGAGAAAACAUCCACACUUUAUGACGUCACACUGGCAGCCAAUGAUCAAGCAAUUACAUCAUUUUUUACUAAAUUGGAUUCUGAUGAUUAUGGUAUAAUUGAAGUAAAUGGCUUGAUCAAUCAAGGUGGUUACACUUGGAGAAUAUUUGAUGUGUUAUCUCAAGAUAUAUUUCCAACAGAUUUAACACUGACUACAAUCCAAGAUGGUGGUCACUAUGAAUACAGAUUCACAGAAGAUGAUCUAUAUGCAACUCAACCGUAUGAUGUCACAACUGAAUCUAAAUCUGAAAGGAUGAAAUUCAACCAACAUUACAUCAUUGCACUAAUAACAAUUUUUAUGGCAAUAGCAAUAAUAGAUAUCUAGGAAAUAUUAUGGAGUUUCAUUCAUAUCAUUCAAAAUGUUUACAAUCAUUCUAUUUUUCAGCAGAUAAAAAUGAUUUUAUAACAGGCAUACAGGACCUCUUUUUUAAGAUAAUGAAUAAUCUCCAAAUGUUGUUGAACAAAUAAGGUUUAACUCUGUUAGAAUUCUACUAACGGUAAUAUAGAGUAUUCCUUGGACAAUCUACCAAAUAACAGAUGCGCGUCUUGUAUGCAAUCAAGUAUUAGAUAAAAAACAAAUCUCACAAUUGAUAUGAAUUUAAUAUUUUUUAUUUUCACUAAUUUUUAGACAAAUUUGAUUAAAUGAUCAUAUGCUUUGCUUCUCAGUACCUGUCUGUACAAAAACAUAAAUAUUUUACUGGUCUUAAAAGCAUUAACAUUUCAAUAAAUAUUAUCUAUACAGAGUAUAUACUUACAUGGUAAGAUAUGACAAGUAUUCAAGAAAUAACCAGUCUUGGUUAGCAUUAAAUGUUUCUUAAUUCCAGGCAAAGUCAUUGUAUUUGGUCAUUGGUUUCAAAUGUAUGGAAAGCAUAUCUGGGAACAGCAAUUUAAGUGAUUUAGUGAUUAUUAUUAUUUUUUUUUUUUUUGGGGGGGGACCCUCCUGCCAUUAUUUGACGAAUUAUCAUAUCAUUAUGAUGAUAUUAACGAUAAGGGAAAAAAUACAAUUAUAAUAACACACACAAUACAAUGAUAAGGAAAAUAGAAUUGCACAAAAAUGACUCCA